AUAAUUCUUAACACAUGUUCAUUUUAGGUCACACCUUGCAUUGCCAGGCUUAGACUGGUAGUCUCCAGCUUCACAGUUCAAGAGAACACGAAGCGCAAAAAUCUGAACUUUUGUUCUUUACUCAGGUAACCCAAAAAAUGGUUAUGCUAGCUUAUAGAGUCGAGAUUUUUUUUUUUUCAUUUUCAGUUCACAAUGGCUAACUAUUUCUUAAAACAUUUAAAUGUUAGCUAAGUAAUUAUUGCUAUAUAUGAUACGUCACCAAGCGUUUAUUCCUCAAAGGCUUGGCCGCUUCGACAGCGAUGCAACGGAGAAAGGAGUGCCCCGCCUAGUUGGCCAAAUGCUGCUUGCCCGUUUACGUCUAGCAAAGUAAGCAAAAUCAUUCCGGUCGCAGCAGUCAUCAUCGUCUUGUUUAUAUUUAGCCUUUAUAGAGCAACGAUAGGCUCGAACAGAACACGGCCGCCUUUUGGUUAGUCGGUUUCAUGAGUUGGUUGCUUGAGUACAGGGCCGAGAGAGAGUGAGAGAGCACUAAUGGCUGAGCUGCUGAGCUUUGAAGUCUUUGCCUAAUUGAAUAGUAUUUAGAUGUUUAAGCUAGUGAAUGAAAGUAUAUGGACCUGCUGAAGAGAAGAAAUGCGGGUUCGAAUAUUUGAAUCUUGCUAUAAGGAGUAGGCACUGUUAAAUCGUGCUGUCAAAAAGAACGAACAAUAAUCAAAAAAUAGUGUUGACAUUUGGUGUAUGUGAAUUUCAUGCAUAUUAAAGGCUAUAUCAAGUGGACAGUGAAGAAAUCGAAAUUCAGCGGUCACAACAACCCUUCGUAGCGGUUGAUAUAGUGAGAGGGCGUCGUUGUGAUGAUAUUCGAUGUGCGUGAGUGUGUAAUUCAAGUGAACCUGCAGCCUCAAUUAAACGCCAUUAACGUCUUCCACCCACCAUCGCUAACCUCUUUCAUGUCGAAACACAUGCGGUACCGUAGAUGAAAAGGCUAACAUGACCUAGAUACAACGUUAAAUCGAAAGCACAGAAUUGUGAAUAUGGCCACAGGUUGAUAGAGAAAGUGGCCACAAAAAGGAGUUGACCCAGGUUGAUAAAAAGCGCAACAACUCGGCCUCUGCUAUGGCGUUGCAGGGGAGCGCAAAAGAAGCUCGGGCCAAACGGAAGGAGCAAUUACGAUUGUGGGAGGAGUCAGAAACAAACUUGGUUGAUUUAGAUUCUCAGCCCACGUCACGCCCUGCUAAAAGUGUUCGUGUUAAAUUCAAUGAAGAGUGUAUGUUCUUAGCGGCAUGUGCGGCCGGUGAUAAAGAUGAGGUGGAUCGGUUGUUGGCGGCCAAUCGGGCCAACAUCAACACGGUCAACGUUGACGGUUUGACCGCCCUUCACCAGGCUUGUAUAGACAACAACCUUGAAAUGGCUGAAUUUCUUAUCGAGCGUGGAAUUGACCUUAACCGAGGUGACAAUGAAGGCUGGACACCGCUUCACGCGACUGCAUCGUGUGGAUACGUAUCUAUAGCGCAGCUGUUGCUCGAAAAAGGAGCGCGUUUGGAUGUAGUAAACGUUGACAACGAGUUGGCUAUAGAUCGCGCUGAGGAAGCCGAGAUGAAAGCAUUACUUGAAAAAGAAGCCAGUAAAAGGGGUAUAGACGCGGAUAGCGUACGACAACAAGAACAAAAAAGAAUGUUGGAAGAUGUGAAAAAAGCGUUAAGUGCGGUGCGUGCAAAAUCUGGCCCCGGUUGUCAGCCGCUUGUUGUUGAUACUCGAACAGGUGCAACGGCAUUACAUGUCGCUGCUGCCAAAGGCUACAGUGAAGUGGUUCACGUGCUUUUAAAGGAGGCAGCUCUUAGGAGUUCAUCUCUACAGAAGGUCGUACACUGCAAUGAUCUUGAUGGUUGGACGCCGUUACAUGCGGCUGCUCACUGGGCACAAAAGGAGGUGUGUGAAAUGCUUGUCAAGGAAGGCCUCGCUGAUAUGGAUAAAGUAACUCAUUCGGGUCAAACAGUAGCUGAUGUUUGCGACGAGUCUUUGACGGAGUAUCUAGAGGAUUUGCGAGCCAAACGCCCAAUGUGGAUUGAAGAAAGAGAAAAGAUGUACAAGGAACAUCGGGAGAUCGAAUCCCCGCCACAUGAGGUGGUUACGUUAUCGCUUAAGCCGAUGCCGGCUGCCUUUAAGCGACGCUCCUCGGUAACGCGCAUGAGUGUUGGCGAUCGGAGCCAUCUUAAGGACCUGUCGGCGGAGCGCAUUAGCGAACACCAUAGCGCGACUGCCACAGAACUACGGGAUAACGCCUGUAUUCCCGAGGAGCAGCCAUCGGUGGAGGCAACUUUUGAAUUGCCGGCCCCUCCUCCUUUACCGCGUUCUGAGCCUCCGCCACUUGACGGUUCAACGCCGUCAACGCCAGGAUCGGUGUCCUCCCCAAACUCCAUAAACGCUUCCGCGACUUCUGGCGGAGCCCAUUCGCCAAUUUCAUUGUCUUCCAGUGGUUCCGUAUCGACUACGGCGACACUCAACCUGAGCAGUGCAUCAUCUACGAAUAACUCGGUUGCGGGUGUAAAGAGAAGUUUCGUCGCGCCUGUUCGAGAUGAGGAAUCUGAAACGCAGCGGAAGGCACAUGCUAAACGCGUAAGAGAAACCCGACGCAGCACACAAGGUGUUACUUUGGAGGAUAUCAAAAGUGCGGAAGAACAUCUGAAGGGAACAAACGACCCGAGCGCUGUAAAGUCGGUGUCAGAUGCUGACUGUUCUGCUACGAUUCACAUCUCACUUACAGUUCCUCCAACGACGGCGCCACUCCCCUCUAUGGAACUUGGAAGUGAUUCAAGCCUCGAAAGGAGAACUUCAUGGAGGGAAAGGGCAGCUGCUGAACAAAGACAGCGUCAAAUAGAGGAUGCACCUCACCUUAAAAUCGUGGAUAGUAUCGAGGCUGUUCACCACAAUACAGUUGGGUCAAUGGCGGGCAGCAAUAACAAGGACAACAACAGUAACAGCGCGGCAGCUUCACCGCUUGUAACACAAUCGCCGAUGGCCACAGGCGGAGUUACAACCCCGGAUACUGAGGACGACUCUUUAACGGCCCAAGCAGCCACGAAUAGUAGGACUCGUAGACGGGCAAAGCGUCGAAGUACGGGAAUAUGUUCACAAGCUUCCUCUGGAGGAUCAGGAGACCAAAACGCAGAUGAUACCACAAAAACCACUUUGGACCAGUUAGAAGCUGAGAACACGCAAGCUCGCUUGGCUAUAUCUGCUAUUCAAUUACGGAGUCAAUCAUCGGAGAAGGAAAACGCUUCGUCGACCGCGCCGAGUGACUAUAAAAAGCUAUACGAACAGGAGCAGAGUGCUAGGUCUGGCCUUCAAAAAGAACUGGAGUCGGCACGGAAGGAGAAAGAGCAUUUACGGGAGCUUCUGUCAGAGAAGGAAGAGCUGGUGCUUGAGGUAAAGAAAAAACUGGAGCAUGAGCGAAGUCGUCGAUUAGAAGCAGAGAACAAUCUUCGGGAUGUACAGAAUGAUAUACGGAACGUGGAUACGCUAAAAAAGAAAAUUGACCUCAUGCAGGAAGAGAACGCAGCUCUUAUUCGCGUCAUCUCUAAACUUUCCAUCAACACAAGUCAUAGUAGUAAAUAGAAAAAAUAUAAUCUGAGCCGCUUCCUCAUCAAGUCAACAUGACUCGCUGGCUAUUCCGGGGCUUUUUUAAACGACAAGAUAGGUCGGAUUGAUCUGGUGGAGAGUCAGCCGGUUAAAUGAAAAGAUAAACCAAUACGACAACACGCGAAUAUCCUUUCACAAUUCUACAUUACAAGAAGUACUAUUGUUAUCGUUGAGAAUUUAUUAUAUUAGCAAUAAUGAUGAUAAAAGAUUGUAUGUAUGCUCCUUCAUUCUAGACAACGUACAUCUUAUACUGUUUCGACGUUUUUAAGUAAACGCGUAUGCUUUUAGGCUCAGAGUUGUUUUUCGCCACGAAAACUAGGGAAACGUAUUAAAUCUUCGUUACUAAUUGUGAAACUGUACAGAUGCUUAGUCACAUGUAUCCAUCCACUUGCUUACUUGAUACCAUACGGCAUUUUUAUUGUGUGCUUUGGGAGGUCAUGUAUGCGCCCUAAUGCACGCUACACUAAAUAUCAUGUCGUAAACCUUUGGCAUCAGGAACUUCAUUGUCGGUCUCGCUGCGAGCUGAAGUAUUUUAGAAGUAUCUCGAAAAUAACAAGGUGGUGUUAUGACCUUUUCUAGUAGCGAGCUGAGUUAUUAGUGGCUAGGUAUAACCU